ACCGCCUUCACGUCAAUAAAGCUCCACAUAUAGGUAGACAGCCUUUAGUUGGUUAACGACAUCGACCGAAACCAAAAGGAAAGGAGAUUUGUCGACCGGGAUUACUUGGCAUACGCACUUAUUCAGCUACUUAAAAAACUGGCAUUGGACGUUUAAACUGCGGGAAAUCUGACAGUGUAACGCCUGAUUUGGCAACUAUCCGAAUACGUAUACGUAGUUUUAGCUCGUUAGCCAGCUAACUACGCUAGCUUGAGAAGAAAGGCCGUCGAGUUGACCCAUCGUCAAUUAUUUAACAGAACGAGUCAACCUGGAAUAUCAAAGCUGUUCCUCACUACUCGGAUCACAAAAUCUUGAAGUUAAAAACCAGAACACAAAAAGAUGGCAUUGAAAAGGAUCCACAAGGAGCUGAAUGACCUGGCUCGUGACCCUCCGGCACAGUGCUCAGCUGGCCCAGUGGGUGAUGACAUGUUUCACUGGCAAGCAACAAUCAUGGGACCUAGUGACAGUCCAUAUCAGGGAGGUGUUUUCUUCUUGACAAUUCAUUUUCCAACAGACUACCCCUUCAAACCACCCAAGGUUGCAUUUACAACAAGAAUUUACCACCCAAAUAUUAACAGUAAUGGCAGUAUCUGUCUGGAUAUUCUCAGAUCACAGUGGUCUCCAGCACUCACUAUUUCUAAAGUUCUUCUCUCCAUUUGCUCACUCCUAUGUGACCCAAACCCUGAUGACCCACUAGUGCCAGAGAUCGCACGAAUCUACAAAACAGAUAGUCAGAAAUACAUCAAAAUGGCAAAAGAAUGGACACAAAAAUACGCGAUGUGAUUGCAUCAUAUGGAAAGCUGGUGGAAAAUGUUCCUGGUUCAAACAAAAUUAUGGGAUUCUGUUUUUCAUUUUUCACUUUGUUUUUGGUUAAUCAAAGCAUUUUACCCCCUUUUUUUCCACCUGUGUGCUCAUAAGAAGAUAGUGUUUUCUCUCUAGGUCACAAGCCAGUUUCUGUAAGAUUUGACUGUUUUGUACAGAGUGGGGAGGAGGGGACAAAAUAUGGUUCUAACACUUGGCUCAAGUAUGCUUCAGUAUGGAUUUGUUUUUUGUUUUGUUUUUUGGUUUUUGUUUCCCCCCCCCCAACUCAAAUUUGGUGAUCUUUUGUCAUUUACUUUACACACACUUGCACCCUAAAGUAGUUCUUUUUUUCCCCUUCUGUUGCUGAACAAAAAGAAAUGGCACUUGUAGCCUGUGUUUUUCCAUACCCUGAUUUUAAAAUUUCAAAUUUGGCAUAAUUUUUUUUUUAUUUGCUAUAAGAAUUGAAAAAAUAAAAAUCAAAAUUCCAAGAAACUGGUUUGUGGCUUCUGUCUGUCUCCUGGACUGAUGUUACAUCAGUAUAUUCUUCUGAUCAAUAGUAUAGGCAUCUGUUAUGAGGAAAGACGUGUAUCUUAUUCCACUAAGUGUGUGUACAGGGAGGCACAUCAGUAUAUAUCAAUGUUAAGGAAACAAAAUAUAAAUUCAAUGUUGUAUUUUAUGCAUGUUAAUAAAGUUAGGCUAUAUCUGAUGUUUCUGCAAAUUAAGUGGAUUGUAAGAUCGAAGAGUUGGAAAAUUUGGUUCCCCUCAAAGACUUUUCCAUUUCUUUUGUUAUUUAGAAGCCAGUAGAUGAGCAGUUAGUUUUUAUGCCCACUCAAACACUGUCUUCUUGUAGCCCUAAAAUAUUGAUGCAAAGCUAAUGGUUGAUAAUCAACUUGUGGCUCUGUUUUUCUUUUUAGUUUCCCUUCAAUAAAGUUACUUAAACCAUA